AUGCCAUCAUUUCAUGGUCAUAUCUAUGUUGUAACCGAUCAAAUACCCAAUUGGUUAAAUAUUUCAAAAUUACAGACACAACUCCACGUGAUCUCAACUCAAGAAAUCAUAGAUAAUAAGUACCUUCCAACAUUUAAUUCUCAUACUAUCGAAGCCAAUCUUCACAAAAUUCCAAAUUUGAAAGAAUUUUAUCUUUAUUUUAAUGAUGAUUACAUACUCGGACGCCCAGUUUCGAUCGACGAUUUUUUUCUCCAUGGAAAAUGUCCAGUUAUUUACGGUGAUGAUCGUUUAACAUCGAACACCAAUGUUACAUUGAAUAUUCACAAAAAAGCAAUGUUGAAUACAAAUUUUCUACUAGACAAUUUUCCGUCCAAUGCAGAUAUAAAUUUAUAUGAAGAUAAUCGGCAUUUUCUUCCGCAUGCUCCACAUCCAAUCAGAAAAUCGAUUGCUGAAGAGGUUUGGUUCGCGAAAUUCACUCAGAUUCAUCGUGAACAAUCAUCACAUCGAUUUCGUGACAUGAAUGAUGUUCAUCCAACCUAUUUUGUUUCUCGAUAUUUGAUUGAACAAUCAAAUGCGUGUGUCGAACAACGACGAAUGAAAAGUGCUUGUCCACCUGAUGGAGAAGAUUUUUGUAAUCAAGUACUUACGAAUAGUUUGAGAAAAACAAAACUAUUUUUUGAUGGACUUCGUCGGCGAUCACAGAUGCCUAAAUUUCUAAGUAUUAACGAUCGUACAAGUGCAAAUUAUACGAAUCAGGAUAGAAUUCAUGAGGAAUUUCGACGCUUUUUAAAAGAAACGUUUCCACAGAAAAGCAAAUUUGAAUCGAGAGAUUGUACACUGUGA